GAGGCGGACGAAGCCGGGAAGGAUGAUGAAGACUGCGGGUCGCCCGAAGAUGAACCCUUGGUUGUUCCUUCGGACUUCUCCACCUCGGAGCGCAAAGACCUCGGCCUCGAAGCGUUAGCUGUUUUCGAACGUCGCAUCCGCCUAGGCCACGCCUAUGAUCUGCUGAACGCAGUGAAGAUGUUGGUGAACCACCAGGGUGCGUUUCUCUCCGACAAGCGCAAGCACGCGCGUGGUCAGAAGGACAAUACUCGGUCGCAAAAGCAGGUGUCCGCCGCCGCCGCACGGACGCGAGUGCUGGCUGGCUUGUACAAUUACAACCGCGACCGUCUGCUCGCCUUGUCCGACACCGCUACCUCCGACAUCCUCAAACCAAUCAAUAUGGAGCAAGACCUCAAAAGCAAGAACUGGAGAAAGCCCCGCGAACAGGGCGAUAGUCGCGAGGAGCAAUCGUGGAUAUGGACUGCCAUCCCACCUUGGACGAGCAAGACUGACGCAGAUGCUUGGCAACUAGAAGUCCAGUGGUUCCGAGCUCGGGCGGACCUGGCACGAAUCAACGAAGAGAUUAACAAGCUGCAUGCCGAGUUCAAGCGCACGAUACUCGGCUUCAAAAACCUGUCCCUGGCAUGGGAGUCCGCCGCUCUGAAGACUCAGCUCUCGGACGGUUCACGCGCGUAUGCAAGGAAGAAAGCUGACAUGUUCCAAAAGCUCAGUGAUCAAUGCUCAGAGACGUUCGCGAAGGCGCGUAGGGAUCCCGAGGAGAAGUGGGAUUACUCCGAUGUAAGU